AUGUGUAAUUCCGGAGCAAAUCGUGAAUGAAUUUCAGUUUCAAUUCAAGACUUACAACAAUGGCAUCAGUUUCCAGAUCAGCGUUGCAGCUCUGCCUCUGCCAGCUGAUGCUGCCCCUGCUGCUGCUUCAGCUUCUGCAACCCCUCGCCAUUGAUGCCCUGCGCUUGCGCGGGGAACAGCUGCUGCCGGGUGAAGCAGCCGAGCGCCUGCAUCCGAAUCCGAGGCUAGCACAGGGCCGCAUUGCGGGUGGCCAGCUGGCGGAGCAGGGCGAUUGGCCCUGGAUUGUUAACAUACAGAAUCAAUUUGGGUAUCCCUUUUGCAGUGGCGUCAUCAUCGAUGAUCUGUGGAUCUUGACCGCCGCCAGCUGUGUGUCCGGUUUGCGUCCACGCAAUUUAGUGGCCGUAGCCGGCACCUUGGCCACCUGGAAUACCACCGCACCGGGCUACUAUGUGGAUCAGGUUCAUGUGCAUUGCAACUUUGAUAAGCCGCUGUAUCACAACGAUAUUGCGUUGCUGCAUUUGAGCGGCGCCAUUGAGUACAAUGACGUUACGGCCAAGAUAGAGCUCGCGGAGCUGGAUGAACUAGAGCAGGGCGAGCCGCUGAGCUUUGCGGGCUGGGGCACAGAUGAACCAAGUGGCAGCAGUUCCCAGUAUUUGCAGCAAUCACAGGGCACUUAUCUACCCGUCGACGAGUGCCGCACCGUGCUGGACAACACUGACGAUGUGGACCUGGGUCAUGUCUGCGUCCAAAUGGACGCGGGAAAGGGCGCCUGCCAUGGCGACGCCGGCGGACCACUUAUCAAUUCCCGGCAACAGCUGGUGGGCAUCGGCAACUGGGGUGUGCCAUGCGCCCGUGGCUAUCCGGAUGUCUACAGUCGUGUGGCCUUCUACAACGAUUGGAUACGCACCAUCACGACAGGCUGUGGCCUAGCCUAGAACAUAAACAUGUGACCAUAUUUGGGCCGCAUUAUCAGCUCUUGAUUUCUUGUCUUGCCGCAAUAAAAAGUUAUGCGAUUUUUAUGUACCCAGCAA